AUGCCUCAUACUAAAAAACCUCAUGGUAUCAAAUAUAGUAAAUCACGAGCAUUUAUUCGCAAUACUGAAAUUCCAAUACUUCAACUGAACAAACUUAUGAUUCAAAUCCUACUGAAUUUAAUUUGCAACAAAAUAAUUAUGAUGAUGUUAAUAAUGAUUUUAUUGAUAAAAUCAAUUCGUGUUCAACUUAAAGACGCGUUAAUUGAGUUGAAAAGUCAAUGUAAUGUUGAAGAAAAUAUAUGUCUUUAUGUAAAAUGUUAUAAUAAUGAACUAUUUAAAAUAAUUACAAUCGAUUGUAUUUAUUUUGAACAUGAAAUUAAAAAACAAUUCAAUUUGUAUAAUUGUGAACAGUCUAAUUUGGCAGUUGCAUUAACAUGCAGAGGAUUAUUUUCUGCUUCUCCUAUAAAUCCAUUAAUUGCAUUUGAAAUAAAAUUAUUAGAAUUUGCAGAAAAACUACUUCUAUUAGCACAAAUAUUAUAUGAAAGUUUUUGUAUUGCUUUAAGACAUAUUCAUGAUAAUAAACUUAGUAGUCAUAAAAAUAUUUAUAAACCUUUUAUGUUUACUUUUAGACAAUAUAUAUUAGUUAAAAAAGAAAAAAUUAAGUUUUUAACAGAACAAGUGGUUAAGAAACCUGAAGUUUUCUGUCCUGCAUAUCCAUUAAAAAAUUCAUGUAAUUCAGGUUCUUUAAAUAGAUUAACUGUAUGUUUUGAUGGAUGUUUUCAAUUAAGAAGAUUAAAAAUUGGUGGAAAUGAUAAUACAGAAGAAGAUUAUUAUUCUAAAUAUUUUAUGGAUGAUAAAUUUUUUGAUUUUGAAAAAUUAUAUUUACAAUAUUUACAAAAAGAAAGUUCUGAGGAAAAUGAUCCAUGUAUGAAAGCUUUUAAGGAAGCAAAUGAAAAAAAUUCUAAAAUACUUUCAAAUGCAUUGGAUAUUAGUGGAGUUGUUGGUAAAACAUGUAAACAUGGAAUUCCAAUGAAAUUUUUAAAUAUAAAAACAGGAGAAAGAUUAGUAUAUUUUUUAUUUUUAUUAAAUAAUAUUUUAGAUGAAUUUGGAUUACAAAUUAAUGUUAUGUAUGAUAUUGGAUUUUCUGUAUUUCAUGCUUAUGCUCAUGAAGCUUUUUGUCAAUGUAUUUAUCAUUCAAGAAAAAGAGAAGGGUUUGGUCUUACUGAUGCAUUAGAUCAUUUUGCAGAAACCAGAAUUCAAAAAAUUAGUCAAACAUUAAUUAAACAAUAUCAGCAUGCUUUAGAAUUAAAAGAAAUUUCACAAAAAGAUUUAGAAAAAUUAGAAUUGCAAAAUUAUUUUUUAGAUAUUAUUAAAUCAUCUUAG